AUGAAUAAAAGUGAUAGUCAAACACUAUUAACAGAAAAUAGUAUAUUUUAUAAAAAGAAACAACAAAAUUUAGCAAAUCAAGAUGGUCCAGACUUUGAAAUGGAAUGGGACCCAGACACCAAACUUUAUACACCACCAAAAAUAUCACCAUCACUUUUUCAAUACAAACCCAAAAACGAAAAAUCGGAAACAUCAAACGAAAUCGAGUUUAUGUCAAUUGAUGAAAUACAACACAAACAAAAUAAUAAUAAUAAUAAUAAAGAUAAUAAUAGUGAUAAUAAAAACAAUAUAGAUAAUAAUAUAGAUAAUAAUAUAGAUAAUAAUACAAAUAAUAACACAAAUAAUAAUACAGAUAAUAAUACAGAUAAUAAUAAUAAUACAGAUAGUAAUGAUAAUAAUAUUGAUUUAAAUAAAUUGUCAUUUAAUAGCGAUAAUGAUAGUUUACAUACAAAAGUAAAAAAAAGAAGUUUAUUUGGUCAUCAUUUUGGUGGAAAUAACAAUAGUAGCGAUACUCAAAGAAAACUCUAUCUUACAAAACAUUCAAAAUUAUCACAUAAUAAUCCAUUUAAUUCGGAUAUCAGCCUAUUUAAUCAUAAUCAAAACAGUACACAUAAUGACAAUAAUAAUAAUAAUAUUAGUAAUAAUAAUAAUGUUCCUUUAAAAUUACCAAAGUUAUUAGAAGAUUAUUUAUAUUUUACUAUCAAAUUUUUUUUGGCAUUAUUAUUAUUUUUUGGAAUUUAUUUAACAUUUAAUACUAUAUUAAAUGAUGUAAAUAUUAAAUAUAAACUUCACUCUUCAGAAAUUCAAAAAGAAGUAGAAAAAUGUAUAAAAUCAUAUAACGAAAAUAGAUGCUCACCAAUAACUAGAAUACCAGCAAUGGAAAAAACAUGUACAGAAUGGGAGCUAUGCAUGGAGAAAGAUCCUUCCAAAUUACCAAAGUAA